AUGUCGGAGCGCAAGGCGAGCAUAAAUUCCGUGCCAGGACGAAAGAAGAGCGUCGCCGAAGAGCCGGUCACCUCCGUGCUCAAGGGCGGCGAUAUACCCUUCAACCCCAGCGGCGAAGAAUGGUCAGCAGAUGAGGAAGUACUGGCCGCCUUGGGCUACAAACCAGAGUUCAAGCGCGAGUUCUCGCUUUGGACGACGUUUUGUGUGAGCUUUGCUGUGCUGGGCUUGCUUCCUAGCUUCGCCACGACACUUUACUAUGGCAUGGGAUAUGCUGGCACUGCGGGCAUGACCUGGGGCUGGCUGGUAGCCAUGAUCGGAAUUCAGAGCGUUGCGGCAUCAAUGGCGGAGUUGUGCUCAUCCAUGCCAACCUCUGGUGGACUCUACUACGCCGCGGCAGUACUGGCGCCACCAGGAUGGGGACCAUUUGCCGCGUGGAUUACUGGGUGGUCCAAUUGGCUUGGUCAAGUCACAGGGGCACCAUCUGUCAACUAUGGAACCGCCGCCAUGAUCCUAGCGUGCGCUAGCAUUCAGAAUCCGGACUACGUACCUCAGAGCUACCAUACAUUCUUGCUGACCGUCUUCAUCAUGCUCAUCCACGGCUGCAUGGCCUCGAUGUCGACCAAGUGGAUCGCUCGCGUCAAUAGUGUUGGCUCAACAUUCAACAUCAUCGCACUAGUCGUCGUCAUCAUCAUCAUCCCAGCCGCUUGCGACAGAAGUGCUCAUGGUCUGUCCAAGUUCACCUCUUCCGCUGAGGUCUGGGGUACCAUCUACCCGGGCACUGACUGGCCGGCUGGAGUCAGCGUCCUGAUGUCCUUCAUCGGCGUCAUCUGGACUAUGAGUGGUUACGACAGUCCCUUUCAUCUCGCGGAGGAAUGCAGCAAUGCGAACAUUGCGAGUCCCCGAGCCAUAUUCCUCACAAGCGCCGUCGGAGGCGUCUUCGGCUGGUUCCUGCAACUCGUCGUCGCAUACACCGUCGUCGACAUCGGCGCAGCGCUCAGCAGCGAUCUCGGCCAACCUUUCGCAGCGUAUCUUAUCCAGGUCUUGCCGCAGAAGAUAGUACUUGCAGUGCUCUCGCUCACCAUCAUAGCCGGUUUCGCUAUGGGACAAGGAUGCAUGAUAGCGGCGUCACGUGUCACUUUUGCUUACGCACGAGACGGCUGCUUCCCCCUCUCAAAAUACUGGAAGCAUGUGAAUACAUACACCAAAACCCCCGUGAAUGCUGUCUGGUUCAACAACCUCGUCGGCAACCUCCUCCUCCUCCUCAUCUUCGGCGGCCAGCUAGCGAUCGGAGCCAUCUUCAGCAUCGGUGCCUGCGCAGCCUUCGUCGCCUUCACAACACCCAUCUUCAUCCGAGUCUUCUUCGUGGGGAACAGGUUUCGUCCCGGGCCGUGGAAUCUAGGACGCUUUAGUAUACCCAUUGGAGCAGUGGCGAGUGCUUUUGUUGCUCUCAUGGUGCCGAUUUUGUGCUUCCCGAGCGUGACGGGCGCGGAUCUCGAUCAGUCGACUAUGAACUGGACGGUAGUCGUAUACGGAGGCCCGAUGUUCAUCAUCACAAUCUGGUGGUUCGUCGACGCCCACAAAUGGUUCAAGGGCCCCAAGGUCAACCUCGAACACCUCAUGCACGGCCGGGAUGAACAGGCCGUGCAAUUAGCAGCCGAGUCGGACAUCAUUGUCGGCAAGGAGACGGCCGAGGGCGAGCGCAGCAGUGGGAGUGAGAGCGAGGGGGUGGGACGGCUGGCUGACGGAAAGCAGAUCGGGGAUGUGAAAGGGUGA